AUGUCCACCGCCGCCGCCAUCUCCGGCCUCCACUGCGAGGUCUGGCAGCCCCAAGACUUCUCCGAACCUUCCUGUUCGUCUUCUUCUUCUUCUCAAUUUCAACCCCCUGAAUUCUUCAUCGAUUUUUACGUUUCCUCUUACGCAACUCAUGGCGACGAAGUCAUCAGCACACUCCGUUACAAGAAUUUCCGGCAAAGAUGUGAUGUUCUAACUCAAGAUUCUUUCUCUUGGUCCGCAAUUUCCUCUAUGCUUUCAGAAACCAAUGUCCCUUAUCAUCUUCAACCUUUUUUCAUUCACCAAAUUUCCAUUAGAGCUCGUGGAAUCGCAACCGAACCCAUUAACGCUCUCUCCCGAACCAUUCCGAUGGUCGUCGAGCUGAUGCUCCCCGAAGACGCCAUGGAAGGUUCCGGUUAUGGGUCCGAACCCCAAAUGGGAAUUGGGUCGGGUCGGGCCAGUAGGGCGUCGAUUCAGGAAAUGGAGAGAAUUGAAAUUGAUGGGGUUUUGAGUGAUUGUGUGAUCUGUUUGGAUGAGAUUGGUUCAAUUGGGUGCCAAAUUGAUGCUGUUCGAAUGCCUUGUUUACAUGUUUAUCAUCUAAAUUGUAUUCAUAAAUGGCUGGAACUCAGUAAUCGUUGCCCAUUGUGUCGGUUCCAGAUGCCAUUGGAAGAAGAAUGA